CCACGAUCCGCCAUCGCGAUGCCUACAAAAGAUGAGAUGUUGUGUGCUCUUGAAAGUAAGGGCAUAGAAGUCCCCGUUACGGCUUCUAUUCCACAAAUUCGGAAUAUGUUUUCUGAAAACGUUCUACAACUAACAUCAGCGGAAGCAGUCGCAACAACCUCACGAGGUGAGAUAUGCCCCCCGUCGAGCACCGCCAUAGCCGCCACCACCACCACCGCCGUAGCUACCGUCGCGGCAAAUUGCGCAUCCACCAUUUUGAAAGGCGACAACGAUACCGAUUCUGCCACCAUUUUGAGUGCUUCCGUAGCUUGUGCUCCCAUCGCGCUUAACAAUGAGAAUUCUUCUUCGCUUCCUGCUAACGCCGACAACGAAAAUGAACUCAACGAAAUGCGACGACGCUUGGAACUUUUAGAGCUUCGCCAAAGGGUCCAAACCCUUGAAUAUCAAUCGGGAAAAUUUUCGGCAAGCGAUUUGAAGCUAGAUGGAAUUAUUGAGCCUUUUACUGGAGACGAUGCAUCAAAGUGCAUCAUUGAAUGGCUUGACGAGCUAGAUCAUCACUUUUCUCUGUGCCGCGUCCAAGAUUCUGAUAAAUUCUUCUACGUGUACCGUUUACUGAAAGGAUCUGCUGCUAUGGUCGCUAAAGCCUCUCGUGCUUCAACGCUGCAACAAUUAAAAGACGAGCUGGUUGUAAACUUUUAUGUGACACCCACGACCGAAGGCGUCUACCGACAGCUGCGUAACCGUCGUCUCUCGCCCCAUGAGACAGCCCUGCGUUACGUAUUAGAUAUGCAGCGAAUCGCCAGUCGCGCAUCCGUUCCUGAGCCUGAAUUAAUUAACAUCAUCUUCGAAGGGCUUGGCAGUCCGUCCUACACCGCUGGAAUGCGUUUUCUGGUCGAAAAAGUGGAGGAUUUGAAGCCACUUUUGAACAAGUUCGAGGCGAUUCGACCACGAUAUGUUGCUAAAUCAUCCGAGACGCCCUUUCCCAGUGAUCGCAAACGGGUUACAACUAAUCGGGGAACAACACCAACAACUGUCCGUUGUUUCAAUUGCUCUCAGUUUGGUCAUCAUCAGAGUGCUUGUACACGCCAACGCCGCCCACCAGGAGCUUGUUUCCGUUGCUUCCAGCUGGGACACAACUAUAAAAGCUGUCCGAAUGCUGAAACCAGCGCUGCUGCUUAUCCGGAUGCGGCCAAUCGCGUUGAUAUCGAUAAUGCAGAAACACUGCCAUUAAAUGAAUUGCACGAGGUAGCCCAGUAAGCUUUAUUAAUGAGAAGAUCGUACCUUUAUGCCUGUUAUCUGAUCCAGUUCCUUCCAACUACAAAGGUUUAGGAAAUUCGCAUCUUUAUACUCGUGGCCAAAUACACUGCCGAAUUCAAUUCAGGGAGACGAUUCUCCAUCACAUGUUUGUUAUACUGCCACAUACAUCUAUGGCAUGGCCAAUAAUCAUAGGGAAGGAUCUACUUCCAGCACUUAAUGUUCACCUUAUGUAUUUCAAAGAUCACAUCCCGCUUAAACGAACUUGCAUUAUCCCUACAAAAACUAUAGAGGAACAAAAAAGGAACGUUAGCAAAUCUGGUAUAUUAGAUAAUGCCUUUAGUGAAAUCUGUGCUAUUGAUACAUUUGAAUCUGAAUUUAAACUUGAUACUGGCCCUUCUCUAUCCCUCGAAGAGACUUCAACCAUUUUGUCUAUUUUUGAAAAUUCUUAUAUAAAUAAUACUUCUAAAAAUAAUGAACUAUCAAAUACACAGAUUCCACUAAUGCAAAUAAGAAACUCGUCUGCAAGUUCCGCGGCCCUUAUAUAGUUCAUAAAGUACUUCCCCACGACCGUUAUGUAAUUAGAGAUGUUGAUGGAUUUCAGAUCACGCAGAUGCCUUAUGACGGAGUUUUAGAGGUAGACAAACUUAGGAAAUGAUCUAAUAACAUAUAACAUGAUGUAUUACUAGACAGCAUCGUAUUGCUUUAAUUAGAAUAGAAUUGAGGUCAAUCCUAGGUCAGGAUAGCCGAGCUGUAAUAUCUUAGACAUAUGACCACGAUGCGGCCACUGUGCUUCGUGUGUCAAACUUGAUCAUGACCGCUGUCAUGAUCAUCGUGCGCGCGGCAAUGAACAAUAAACGUCAUUCGUUUACGGAUCGUCG